AUGUCCUCCUACGCGUCUGACGACAUCGUGCCCGGCGACAUCGUUGCGGUCUCCCACAGCGGCGGCAGGAAGGAGGGCCUCGUCGUCGGCUCCCACAUCGACUACGCUGGCCGCCAAAUCGUCGAGGUCCAGAUGGAGCCCGGAGAGAUCUACCACGCCUGGUACGUCCCCGCGCCCGCCCUUGCGCUUCCCUUCGCUGCGCCGACGCUGACGACCCCCCGCGCGUCGCACAGGUACCCCACCGUCACCCGCGUCCGCCGCACAGUGCAGUACCUCCCUGCCGCAGCCCACCGCAAGCGCACCGUCGAGCGCCAGAUCUACUGGUGA